CGCUCGGCCUGAUGGACGCGCUACCUUCCGCCAAUGGGGACGAAGGGAAGCCCGAGCGUGUGGCCCCGGCGAGUGCGGAUAAAAGCCGCCCCGCCGGGCUCGGGCUUCAUUCUGAGCCGAGCCCAGUGCCAAGCGCAGCUAGCUCAGCAGGCGGCGGCGGCGGCCUGAGCUUCAGGGCAGCCAGCUCCCUCCCGGUCUCGCCUUCCCUCGCGGUCAGCAUGAAAGCCUUCAGUCCCGUGAGGUCCGUUAGGAAAAACAGCCUGUCGGACCACAGCCUGGGCAUCUCCCGGAGCAAAACCCCGGUGGACGACCCGAUGAGCCUGCUGUACAACAUGAACGACUGCUACUCCAAGCUCAAGGAGCUGGUGCCCAGCAUCCCCCAGAACAAGAAGGUGAGCAAGAUGGAAAUCCUGCAGCACGUCAUCGACUACAUCUUGGACCUGCAGAUCGCCCUGGACUCGCAUCCCACUAUUGUCAGCCUCCAUCACCAGAGACCCGGGCAGAACCAGGCGUCCAGGACGCCGCUGACCACCCUCAACACGGACAUCAGCAUCCUGUCCUUGCAGGCUUCUGAAUUCCCUUCUGAGUUAAUGUCAAAUGACAGCAAAGCACUGUGUGGCUGAAUAAGCGGUGUUCAUGACUUCUUUUUUUCUUUGCACAACAACAACAACAAAUCCACAGAAUCUUUUAAGUGCUGAACUUACUUUUCAACCAUUUCACAAGGAGGACAAGUUGAAUGGACCUUUUUGAAAAGAAAAAACAAAUGGAAGGAAAACUAAGAAUGAUCAUCUUCCCAGGGUGUUCUCUCACCUGGACUGAGAUAUUCGUUAUUUAUGAAAAAGACUUUUAAAUGCCCUUUCUGCAGUUGGAAGGUUUUCUUUAUAUACUAUUCCCACCAUGGGGAGCGAAAACAUUAAAAUCACAAGGAAUUGCCCAAUCUAAGCAGACUUUGCCUUUUUUCAAAGGUGGAGCGUGAAUACCAGAAGGAUCCAGUAUUCAGUCACUUAAAUGAAGUCUUUUGGUCAGAAAUUACCUUUUUGACACAAGCCUACUGAAUGCUGUGUAUAUAUUUAUAUAUAAAUAUAUCUAUUGAGUGAAACCUUGUGAACUCUUUAAUUAGAGUUUUCUUGUAUAGUGGCAGAUGUCUAUUUCUGCUUUAAAAAGUGUAAUGAUGUACUUAUUCAUGCUAAACUUUUUAUAAAAGUUUAGUUGUAAACUUAACCCUUUUAUACAAAAUAAAUCAAGUGUGUUUAUUGAAUGGUGAUUGCCUGCUUUAUUUCAGAGGACCAGUGCUUUGAUUUUUAUUAUGCUAUGUUAUAACUGAACCCAAAUAAAUACAAGUUCAAAUUUAUGUAGACUGUAUAAGAUUAUAAUAAAACAUGUCUGAAGUCA